AUGGAUGGUAUAAAAAUACCAAAUGUCUCUAUCUUAUCUGAUGACCAGCAGAGAGACAAUGACUUUAUUAAAGUUAUAAAAACCACACAUUUGGAUAAAAAUGUAAAGAACGAGUCGACUAGUGUCUAUCACUUUCUUCCUCCAGAGGAACUUGAACAUUCUGACCAACCCAAGCCAGAAAGUGAAGAUAUACCAGCAAUUUCCAUUGCAAGAGCUACAAGAAACAUUGGAAAUAGGUCAACAAGUAGUAAUUUUCAUCUGGAUAGUAGCAACUACUCAGACAUCUUUGUAAAGGAUGACUAUAUCUCAUUACCAGGUGGAGAUGAAGACUUGGAAAACGUUCCAGUUUUAAAGGAAUACGACUGUAUUUCUAUUAUCCAUACAACCUUAUACCUAGGCUUAAUGCUGAUAUCGCUACUGGUCCCCGCAAUAUUUCAUGCCUUUUUCCAGUUUAGGUUAUACGGUCUCUUUUUUGAAGAGUACCAAGAGGGAAAAAUCAUAGAUUGUUUUGGAGAGUUUGAAAAUUUUUUUGUAGUUGGUGUUUUAAUUUACAUUGCUAUCCAGUUGGUGGGAUUUAAUUCCACCCAUAAUAGAUUUAAGGGCUACCUUUGCAACCUUUGUAAGUUUUCCAUGAACAAAACGAGACGUGAUUUCAUGGUUAAUAGUAAACAAGAAGCCCUGGAAAAGUUCAAGAAGCACGUAAAAAGUGUAUUCAAGACCCCAACCAGUGCAUGCGUAACUGCGAUGAACGAUUUGGCAAAGGGUUUUGACGAAGCCUCUUACAAAUUUACACACGGGGCAGCCGAAGAGAUUUUGGACAGGAUGAAGAUGCUAAAAUUCAAAAUAUUUUUCAUGAGGAUUUGGUUCCCUUUUAUUCUGCACCUCAUUAUUUCUCUAGGGACCUGCGCCUAUGUCUACGAUUGGAAGUUUAGGUCACAUUACAGGGUUCCUCUGGCACAUCCUAAAAUUGUAUCUGGGUUUUACUGGUACGCAGCUCUUCAAUAUGAAGGAUUUUGGUGCAUUCUCAUCACGUUUAUAUUCAACCUUGUAACUUGGUUCCACCUUUGCAGACUUAAUGAACACAAGUGUUUUUUUGCAUCUCUGGAUUCAGCCUUGGUUGAAAUAGACAAGGCAAUGAGUGACUAUGCAAUGAAUAUCUCAAAGGAGAUUUGGGAAUCGCAAAUGUUGGUUUUUGUAACGAACGCAUAUCCAUCGAAUGGCGAUAAUUUGAGAAUUUCUAGAAAUUUGUUACAUCCUCCAACGAGAAACAAGACCUUGACGAGUCAAAUUAACAUUAGCACUAGUAAGCGCAACAAGUACCCGUGUCUCUGUCAACUCGUUUCAAAUGUUAGCGAUGAGCUUGAGUUUGAAGGUCAUAACCUUUCCAUAUCUGUCAUGGAUGGUUGA